AGGGGAGGAGCACAGAAAUGGUGAAAGAGGAGGGAAAAGCGGGGCUGCCCUUCUACGUUCAGCAGUUCUCGUGAACGGGCUGCCUUCACUUUCUUUCUCUUGUGAGAAGAGGGGAAACAGAAAUCUAAACAGAUGGUUUAGCUUUCGUUUCUCCCAAGUCGACAUCCCUCCUCCACCCCUCUAUGAUCUGUGCUGCACCAGAGUGCUGGUCAUUGUGGUCAAACUACAGCGCAUACCUGCAGACAGUACUGCAAAAUUAAAAUACUACGUGUGGAGUACACAUAUUGGAAGCCUCCUGUAUAUUCUCUGUAGCUAUGAACUCUCUACCAUCUUACUCAGGAGCUAGAAUAUCUGGCUGUUGGACUCUAAGAUCUGAUGGCAGUGGGAGCACAGAAGGAUCUCUAGACCGGUUACUUCCCACAGUGGGAUCAGGCCUUUCCCCCAGAAAAAGGACCACCAGCCAGUGCAAGUCUGAGCCGCCUCUGCUGCGCACGUCCAAGCGGACCAUCUACACGGCCGGACGGCCGCCCUGGUAUAAUGAGCACGGAACGCAGUCUAAAGAGGCGUUUGUCAUCGGUCUGUGCGGCGGCAGCGCCUCAGGAAAAACCACUGUGGCCAGGAAAAUCAUUGAAGCCCUCGAUGUUCCGUGGGUUGUUUUACUCUCCAUGGACUCGUUUUACAAGGUCUUGUCUCCAGAAGAACAGAUCCAGGCUGCUAACAGCGACUACAACUUUGACCACCCUGAUGCCUUUGACUUUGAUUUGCUUACACACACCCUACGAAAACUCAAACAGGGCAAGAGCGUGAAGAUACCGGUGUACGAUUUCACGAUGCAUGGCAGACAGAAGGACUGGAAAACAGUGUAUGGAGCCAGUGUUAUCAUCUUUGAGGGGAUCAUGUCCUUUGCAGAUAAAGAACUUUUAAAGUUGCUGGACAUGAAGAUCUUUGUGGAAACAGACUCCGAUAUCCGUUUGGUUCGCCGAUUAAGGAGGGACAUCACAGAAAGAGGCAGAGACACAGAGGGCGUCAUCAAACAAUACAACAAGUUUGUCAAGCCCGCGUUUGAGCAGUACAUCGAGCCUACCAUGCGCCUGGCCGACAUCGUGGUGCCACGCGGUGGUGGCAAUAUGGUGGCCAUUGAUUUGAUUGUUCAGCAUGUUCACAGUCAGCUGGAGGAGCGUGAGCUCAGCGUAAGAGCGAGCGCUCUCCUUCCUGCCCUCACAGGUUCAUAUUGUUCAAACCCCCCAGGGAGAGGAUUAUGAAGGCAGGACCUUCCAUGGGAAAAGGAUCACCGGUGUGUCCAUUCUACGAGCGGGGGAGACUAUGGAGCCCGCUCUGAGGGCGGUGUGCAAAGACGUGCGCAUUGGCAAGAUCCUCAUCCAGACCAAUCAGGACACAGGAGAACCAGAGCUUCAUUAUCUUCGUCUACCCAAAGACAUUGGUGAAGAUCACGUGAUCCUGAUGGACUGCACCGUGUCCACCGGGGCCGCUGCCAUGAUGGCUGUACGGGUGCUGCUGGAUCAUGAUGUGCAGGAGGACAAGAUCCUGCUGGUGUCUCUGCUGAUGGCUGAAAUGGGGGUGCACUCGGUGGCCUACGCAUUUCCUCAGGUCAAGAUCAUCACCACAGCUGUGGACAAGAAGGUGAACGACGUCUUUCACAUCAUACCCGGCAUAGGGAACUUUGGGGACCGCUACUUUGGAACGGACGCACCGCCUGACUGGAGCGACGACGACAUGGAUGAACCCAGUUACUGACUGUUUUUUUAAAUGUUGAAUGUGCACCUUUUUGGACAAUUUAAGACAUUUUAUGACCAUGUUCGCUUUGUUUUUUGAGGGGAAAAAUGCAGAAAUAGGAUAUUUUUGUUCAUGUAAAUUAGGAAUUUUAAAUGUUAUUUAAUGUAUGCUGUUGAGAAAUGUUUUAAAUUAUAAAAGUUCAAUUUUUUUAUUUGUACAGUAUAUCAUUGCAGUAUAAAGUGUAAAAACAUACAAAAUGAUAUUUGAAUGCUUCACAUAAAGACAAUCUUUUGAAAGUUUGCAAACACACUUUAAAAAGUUCGCCGCCUUAAAUCUUGCACUGUGGACGCAGCUGAAUGUGAAUUUACACGAGAAAAAGAACUAACUCUAGCGUUUAUAAAGUUUCAAUCCACUUUUUUUUCAACCAUAAGUCAUUUUCUUCACGACUUUUUUUCUUUUUUUUUAUCAAAGUGGAGUUGAACUUCCAUUGCUCAACUUCCAUUGCCAUGAGCACUUUCUGAAGGACCAUUCAAUCGGAAAACGUGUGGGUGUUUCUUUUUCAGCUCUUGCAUUUGCCUUCCUUCUUUUCUGCAGAUACUGACCUUACCAUCUGAAAAGGAUGUUGAAAGCCAUUUUUUUUAUUCUUUUUUUUUCAUUAUGCAACAUUGAAGUAUGUGCUUUUAGCGUUAAAAAUGUUAAAAAUCCUUUAUAUUUACAUGUUGUGACUGUGGAGGGGAGCUUCUGCCAUUUAUAAAGAUAUCACAGAUGGUCUUCAUACACCACAGUAAUAUUUUAAUUUUAAGAGUUUAGAAUAUUAGGUCAAUAAAAGUGCCUGAUUUGUUUACUUGCAAGUAAUUAAAAUGAGUGAUGAAAGUGGGCCUACAUGAAAAGAUGUUCAGUAUUUAUUUAUUUGUUUAGUAAAACUUUAGUAUUCAGGAGUAAAAAAAAACAUUUCAUUUACAACAAUUUUUUAAAAAUCUGUUUUGCUGACGGCACGCUGCUGACUUUCUUUACACAGUAUUGUUUUUAGUCAAUACGUGGUAUGGAACUGUUGUUUUUAAGUGUGUUGUUAGACUUUGAAAAUGAUUGAAAUAAAUAAAAAAAACUUAAAAAAAGAA